AUGUCCAUAUUUAUGACACAACCCGCCUACGCCUAUGCGGCAGCCCCUCCACCUCCAAGACAAUACUCGGGAACAAGCAGUGCUUUCAGUGCUUCUGCCAACCCUGAUGAGGACUGGACCAAGAUCUCUGACCUUGCCGAGCGCCGACGAAUACAGAACCGAAUUGCUCAGCGCAACUACCGUACGCUGAAUCUACUUGACUCUAGACUCGUUCAAAUUGUUUUCACAGAAUCCGACAAGCAGCCACAGAGGCCUACUAAGUCGAAGCGAUCCCCCUCCGCACCCAUGUCUCGGAAGUCGCAAUCCGCGGCUCCCAGCAAGCCUGUUGUUUCGCCAGGGCGGUUCACUGCUCCUAUUCGGCCAACUGAUGAACUUCUCUUCCCCAGAACCUAUGAUGAACGAGCUCAUUCAGGCAACCCUCCUCAGUUCAGAUACUUGACCUUCCUUCUUGGUGUUGCACUUACUAACAGCUACAUCCUUCAACUAUAUAGUCCCUAG